CCCCCCACGAACUGAGAUGUUUUGAAGAAAACCAACAAAGAAAGUUGGAUUUAUUCGUUAAAGCAUCAUGUAUCAUUCCCAGAGGUGGGCGAAUUGUUGGAGUGCAUCUGGACACUCUUUGAAAAAAUUGGACUUUUAUUAUAGAGUAAGAAACUUCUUGCAGUGUAGUUACCACUUAACUAAUGUCAAGUUGGUCAGGUCAUCAAGUGAAAAGAACAACAGUCAUGGAGAAACGUUGUACCAAAAGCAUGCUGGUCUGAAACUGAAAAGAACAUCCCCAGCUUAUAUCUUUAAUGAGGAUGUUGCUGAUAAAAUUGCUUUGAAAAUUAUGGAAUCACGAAAAGUCAAAGAUAACCCUAUUAUUGAAUAUAAUCCCGGGCCGUGUUUGCUUACAAAGAAAUUAUUUGAAAAUGGUGCCAAAUCUGUGAUAGGAAUUGAAGCAAAAUUAGAUUUCCAACCAUAUUUACAAAGUACCAAACGUUUAUUCAGAAGCAAAUUUAGUUUCCACCUCUGGGAUCCUUAUGUGAAUGUUCUAUUUGAUUCCAAGAAAAUGUCAAAUUUACAUACUAAGGAAAAAGUGAGUUUUAAAGGAAUAAAGCAGAAAGCUUGGUGUGAAGAACCUUACGCCAGUAUAUUUGGAAUAUUGACUCCCAGUAAAGCAAGAUAUUUUAUAAGUUUAAUGAUUAACUGUCUUGGUACGAAAGAAAGAAUCUAUAGUUUGGGACGCCCAGAACUAUUUCUUUUGGUCCCUGCCCGUAAUUACAAAUCGCUGAACAUGAAGUUUCCCAAUACAAAUUACCUUUUCUACAGAAAAACAAGUUCUGUUUUAAAUUUAUUUUUUGACAUUGAAUUGCUGAUGGAGUUAAAAGUUUCUGAUGUGUUUCCACAUUUUGCUGUCCCCAGAAAGUUCCAAGUUCCAUCAAAUUCAUUUGUAUCUGUGAAUAAAGAUUCAAUAUAUUUUAUUAAAAUCGUCCCUAAACAAAUAAGAGAUGCAAUAUCUGAUUCUGAAGCUUACGCAAAGUUUCUCACCUUUUUGAACCAAGUUCUUCAGAAGCGAUCCAGUCGGUUGAUACCCAAAAUGGAAAGCUGGUUGCCAGGAUCUGGAGUUCAUUUAAUACGGAUGGGAUACACUAUGAUGCAUUUGAUAGGAGAAGUGUCUCCAGAGCAAUACUUAGAACUUUACUUGGAAUUACAGAAGUGGCCAGAGUUUCCAGAAUCAAGCCUGCAAGCAAUUCUAGUACAUGCAACUCCAGAGAAAGAAGCGGCAAAUGAAGAGUCCGUUUGAACAUAAUAUAAUGACUGCCUUUACUAUUGUGAAACUUCCCAGUAUCAGCCUGGACAUAUGAACACAUUGUUACAGUAUGCCUGUCAUGCUUCUUACUGUUUCCCCUUAUAUGACCUUCAUUAUAAUUCUUAUAAAACUUGAAUCAAGCACAAUGAAAUUUGUUACAAAAGAAAUAUUGAAGUGGGUUUGUGGCUCAGAUCUUCACAUACAUAUGUGAAAAUACGUACGUACGUGAAGACCUGUGCUACAAGCCCAUUUAUGUAUGUAUGUACGUAUGUACAUGCAUGCUUCUUUCAACACGUUUCCACCUACCAAAUCCACUCACAAGGUUUUGGUUGGCCCAGGGCUAUAGUAGAAAUCACUUGCUCAAGGACUGAACCCAAGCCCACAUGGGUUUGGAAGCAAGCUUCUUAAUCACAAAAUUCUUACCUGUGUCUUUCUAUGUCCUGUGUGAACAGUAUGUUUCACAGUUCAGAGGUUCAACAUGUGAAGGUGUAGAAUAAAAGUACCUUACUUGAAAGCUAUUUAGCUGACUGGCAUCAGGAAGAGCCCCCUGGCUCUAGAUUAUUGCCUCAGAGAGUUUUCUCCUACUCAUAUCAGCAUGGAAAAAAAAAAAAAAAACAAUCAUAACAAUGAUGAUGAAUAUAUUGAAGAAUUUCAACUGUUCUUUGAGACUUAUCAGUUGAAAAGUUUAGAGGAUUAUAUUGUAUAGUUCCCCAAAUACAUUUGAUAAGAAUGUUAUGGAUUUAAAUCAAUAAGUUAUUUGCUGUUCUCAUUACUUUUCUAUACAAAAGGCUGUGAUCCAAUUCUCAACAGAGCAUUUAGCAUGGUUGUAUUAAUAUUUGCAACAUUUUAAGGUGGCGCGCUGGCAGAAACAUUAGCAUGCCGAGUGAAAUGCUUAGCUGUAUUUUGUCUGUCUUUGCGUUCUGAGGUCAACUUUGCCUUUCAUCCUUUUGGGGUCGAUAAAUUAAGCACCAGUUGCGUACUGGGGUCGAUCUAAUCGACUUUCCCUCUCCCCCAAAAUUUCGGGCCUUGUGCCUAGAGAAGAAAAGAAUAUUUGCAACAUUUUAUAUUUGUUUUAUUUUUUUAUAACAUGAAUAAAAAGAAUAAAAAAAGAAAAAGAAAAUAGUCUUUAUUUUGAUUUGAAAAAUAUGACCAAAAGAUGUAGUUAUAUUCUUUUUUUUUUUACUUGUUUCAGGCAUUGGACUGUGGCCAUGCUUGGGCACCCUCUUGAAGGGUUUAGUCAAAAGUACCAUCUAACUGUUUGUAAUGAGUCGGGCACAUGACAAGCUACCAGCUGAGUCAGUGAUGUGAAUACCUUACUACAAAAGGAAAUGUGGCCUCUGAAAAACCAGUGGUCAGACAAGGAGGUGGACAAAUUCAGACCUGUGCUUAUUCUCACGAUGUGAAGGCCUUUUUUUUUUUUUUACAAGAAAGGAGGUAAUGUGUCAGGGAGAAGUAAGGAUGGUU